AUGAAUUCAAAAAAUCCAAAAGUCUCAUGCAUAAAAGACCAGUCCGACGUCGACCAAAUCGUCGAAGAGCACAUCAUCAAGCCUAACGGAGAAAACACAAUUUCUAGAUACACAAAAGGACGAUUCCUCGGCAAAGGUGGGUUUGCAAGAGUUUACGAGUUUAUUAACCUUGAUACCAAAAGAAUUUUUGCUGCAAAAAUAGUAAAGAAAGCCACAUUAAUUAAAGCCAGGGCACGCCAAAAACUGAUGAGCGAAAUAAAAAUCCAUUCAUCACUGAAGCAUCAGAAUAUUGUGGGUUUUGACCAUUUUUUUGAAGAUGUAAAUAAUGUGUAUUUAUUACUGGAGUUAUGCCCCAAUCAGACUAUGAGUGAGCUGCUGAGAAGAAGGAAAAGAAUAACUGAGCUCGAAGCGCAGUGCUAUUUAUUACAAAUUAUUGCUGCUAUGAAGUAUAUUCACAGUAAAAAAGUUAUUCAUAGGGACUUAAAGAUCGGGAAUUUAUUUAUUAAUGAAAAGAUGGAAAUUAAGCUGGGAGAUUUUGGGCUUGCUUGCAAAAUAUAUUAUUUCGAAAAAUGUAGGUUAUAAGCUUAUUAAUUUAUAUUAUAUUUAUUUUUGUGCAUAGCCUCUCUAUUAGGUUUAGAAUAUGAUGGCCAAAAGAAAAAAACUAUCUGUGGAACACCCAAUUAUAUAGCUCCAGAAGUGCUUGAAGGAAAAUCUGGGCAUAGUUUUGAAGUAGAUAUAUGGUCCUUAGGAGUAAUUCUUUACACUUUAUUAAUAGGAAAGCCACCAUUUGAAACUGAUGAUGUCCACAAAACUUACAGAUUAAUCAAAAUGAACGCAUAUUCUUUCCCAGAUGGCUCCAGAAUCAGUGAGCAAGCUAAAUCUCUAAUAACAAGAAUUUUAAAAAAUGACCCAGAACGAAGACCAGACCUGGACGAAAUCCUCCAACAUGAAUUUUUCCAUAUGGCAAAUUGUAUACCAAAAAUACUCCCUGUAAGCACUUUAGCUGUGCCACCUAGUGAAAGCUAUUUAAGGCAAUUUACAAAUAUUAAACAAAAUGUUGAAAAAACUUUACCUGAAACAGCCCCAAUAAAUUCUGAAAAUUUAGAAAUAAGAAGUCCUAAAAAAUCGCACACACAAAGACCUAUGUCAAGUUUAGGAAAAACAGACAAAAACAUAGACAAAUCUCAGAUUUAUGUCGAAAAAUGGAUUGAUUAUUCAUCAAAAUUUGGUGUCGGGUAUAUUUUAUCUAAUGGCUGCUCAGGCGUAUAUUUUAAUGAUGAAACCAAAAUCCUUACCCAGCCGAAUUCACAAAGUUUCUAUUAUAUUGAAACUACUGAGAAACGGAAAGAUGCAUUUUAUGAGUAUUCUCUUGAGGAAUACCCUGAAACUUUAAGCAAAAAAGUCAGACUUUUAGACAGGUUUACUAAAUAUUUAGACCCGGAUUCCUCGAUUAUAUCAGGAUGCUCAACUAAUUUUUCGCUUGAAAACCCUCCACCUUAUAUUAAAAAGUGGGCAAAGUCCCGAAGAGCGGUGAUGUUUCGACUUUCUAAUAAAAUAAUCCAAGUUGUUUUCCAAGACCAUUCACAAAUUAUUCUUUCGGUUGACUCAAAAAGCUUUAUGUAUAUCAAUAAAUCUGGAGAAAAAGCCUUAAUGCAGCUUAGCACAGCAUUAGAAAGCCAAAAUGAAGAAAUAGUAAAAAGGCUCAAGUACGUACAAAAAAUUUUAAAUUCACUAAAUUCACAAGCAAUAGGGGACACAGGAAGUCCCCCAAUUCCUAAUAGCUAA